CACCGAGUGAAUCUCCCUUUUCUGAGCAUCUGAGAACUCAUCGCGCCUGUCAGACCAGAGAAAGAGACCUGCCAUGACCGCCUCUUCAAAUCAGGACGGAGCAACUGGACUUGUAAGGAGAGCGGAAUGCGCAUGCAGGAAAAGGGACGGAAUAAGGAUUUUUGCUCUAAUGAAGGCGGGAGUACAGGCGCACUAUUGGAGCCGGGUGCUGUUCUUAUAUAUGGGGCUGCUGGCUGCCUCAGUAAAGGCUCAGAACUGCAGCUACACACUACACAGUCCCAAUGGGACAAUAGAGAGUCCAGGAUACCCUUACGGUUAUCCUAACUAUGCCAACUGUACAUGGGUCAUUGUGGCAGCUGAGCACAACCGGAUACAGCUGGUGUUUCAAGGCUUCGCCCUGGAGGAGGAUUUUGACAUCUUGUCUGUAUAUGAUGGGCCACCAAGCCCUGGGAACCUGCGGACAAGGUUAACUGGGUUCCAGCUGCCUUCACCCAUAGUGAGCACAGGCUCCAGGCUCACCUUGUGGCUACUGUCAGACUACGCAGUCAGCGGGCAGGGAUUUAAAGCAGUCUAUGAAGCUCUGCCCAGUUACACUUGUGGUAAUCCUGGACAGCUUUUGAAUGGCCUCCAGCAGGGGUCCACUUUCAAUAUUGGGGACAAAAUCCGCUACAGCUGCAGCCCCGGCUUUGUGCUGGAGGGUCACACCACUCUGUCCUGCCUCGCCACUUCAGCUGGGACUGCUGCCUGGGAUUUUCCUCUUCCAUACUGCAGGGCGGAUGAUGGAUGUGGAGGGACACUACGGGGCCAAAGUGGUGUGAUCACCACCCCCAAUUACCCAGCUGAGUAUAACAACAAUGCUGACUGCACCUGGACUGUGUUGGCUGAGCCAGGAGACACCAUUGCCCUGGUUUUCUCUGACUUUCAGCUGGAGGAUGACUAUGACCUGCUGGAGGUCAGCGGCACUGAGGGAUCUUCACAGUGGUUUACUGGCCCCAACCUUCCCUCACCCAUCAUUAGCAGCAAAAACUGGCUUCGACUGCACUUCACCUCUGAUGGCAACCACAAGUUAAGAGGUUUCAGUGCUCAGUACCAAGUGAAGAAGAUGACUGAACUAAAAUCUCGAGGUGUAAAGAUGCUGCCCAGCAAAGACAACCAGCAUAAGAUAUCUGUGUUGUCUCAGAUGGGUGUAGCGCAGGGACACAACAUGUGCCCAGAUCCAGGGAUUCCAGACCGAGGAAAAAGAAAAGGCUCUGACUUCAGGCGAGGAGCUACAGUACAUUUCUCCUGUGACGAGGGCUAUGAACUGCAGGGUUCAAAGAGCAUCACUUGCCUCAGAGUGACGGACAGCUAUGUAGGCUGGAGUGAUGACCGGCCUAUCUGCAGGGCCCCUAUGUGUGGAGGUCAGCUAAAAGGUCCCACUGGCAUCAUCACGUCUCCAAACUACCCUGUCCAGUACGACAACAAUGCUAACUGCACUUGGGUCAUCACAGCAACAGACACUUCUAAGGUGAUCAAGCUGACAUUUGAGGAUUUUGACCUGGAAAGAGGCUAUGACACCCUAACUGUGGGAGACGGGGAGCUGGUAGGAGAUCAGAAGACCAUCUUUCACGUCCUGUCUGGUACCACCACACCCGACCUGGUGGUGAGCACCAGUCACCAGAUGUGGCUCAACUUCAAAACAGAUGACACAAGCGGCUCCCUCGGCUUCAAGGUGUCCUAUGAAGAAAUUGAACAAGGCAGUUGUGGAGAUCCUGGAAUCCCAGCUUAUGGUAAACGGGAGGGGACUGGCUUUCGUCACGGCGACAGGUUAUACUUCGAGUGUUUGCCUGCCUUUGAGCUGGUGGGAAAAAAGAACAUCACCUGUCAGAAGAACAACCAGUGGUCAGCUAAGAAACCCAGCUGUGUUUUUUCCUGCUUCUUCAACUUUACCACUCCAUCUGGGGUGCUGCUAUCUCCUAACUACCCUCAAGAGUAUGGGAAUAAUAUGCACUGUGUGUGGCUCAUCAUCACCAACCCAGAGAGCAGAAUAAACCUGGCCUUCAACGACCUCAGCAUGGAGAAACAGUUUGACUUCCUCUCCAUAAAGGAUGGUGGAAAGGCUGAGUCUCCUAUCCUGGGUACCUUCUCUGGUGAUGUUCUGCCUCCUCCCAUAACAACAAGCGCCCAUGUGGCAAGACUGGAGUUCCUGACUGACCACACAUACACAGACAGAGGCUUUAACAUCACAUUUACAACAUUUCGCCACAAUGAAUGCCCAGAUCCAGGGGUGCCAGUGAAUGGAAAGCGUUUUGGUGAGAGUCUUCAGCUGGGUAGCUCCAUCUCCUUCCUGUGUGAGGAAGGAUUUUUGAAGACCCAUGGCUCUCAAACCAUCUCCUGCAUUCUCAAGGAUGGCAAUGUAGUGUGGGACAAUGCUGUUCCUCGCUGUGAAGCCCCCUGUGGAGGAGAUCUGAAGGCUCCCAGUGGGAUUAUCCUCUCUCCUGGCUGGCCAGAACUAUACAAGGAAGCCCUUAACUGUGAAUGGAUCAUAGAGGCUCCUCCAGGCUACCCCAUCAAGAUCAUCUUUGACAAGUUUCGCACUGAAGUGAACUACGACGUUCUUGAAGUGCGGGAUGGACGCUUUCCCUCUUCACCUCUAAUUGGAAGUUACCAGGGCACUCAGGUUCCCCAGUUCCUCAUCAGCACCUCCAACUUCCUAUAUCUCCACUUUUCCACUGACAAGAGCCACUCUGAUAUUGGCUUCCGCAUACGUUACGAAACCCUGCAGCUACAAUCAGAUCACUGUGUGGAUCCAGGCAUACCUGUCAAUGGGCAGCGACAUGGCAAUGACUUCUAUGUGGGUGCUUUGGUGACAUUUAGCUGUGAGGCUGGAUACACACUUAGUGACACAGAGCCUUUAGAGUGUGAACCCAAUUUUCAGUGGAGUCGCCCCCUGCCUAGCUGUGAUGCAUUGUGUGGAGGUUAUAUCCAGGGCAACAGUGGAACCAUCUUGUCUCCUGGCUUCCCAGACUUUUAUCCGCAUAACCUGAACUGCACAUGGAUAAUCGAGACCUCCCAUGGCAAAGGUGUCCAGUUCACCUUUCACACCUUCCACCUUGAGAGCCCUCAUGAUCAUUUGCUGGUGACGGAGAAUGGCAGCUUCUCUCAGCCCCUUUGGAGGCUGACAGGUUCCACAUUACCUCCACCUCUCAGUGCAGGCCUGUUUGGAAACUACACUGCUCAGAUUCGCUUUCUGUCUGACUUUUCUGUUUCAUACGAGGGAUUCAACAUCACAUUCUCCGAGUAUGAUUUGGAGCCUUGUGAGGAUCCUGGAAUCCCACCUUACAGCACCAGAAAAGGACUGCAGUAUGGAGUUGGCGAUGCCCUCAUUUUUUCCUGUUUCCCGGGUUACCGACUGGAAGGUCCAGCGAGGGUGGUAUGCUUGGGGGGCAGAAGGCGGGUGUGGAGUUCCCCUCUGCCAAGGUGUGUUGCCGAAUGUGGCUCAUCCGUGACUGGCAUGCAAGGGGUGCUGCUCUCGCCCAACUAUCCCGAUUACUACGGCAACAGCCAUGAAUGCAUCUACUCCAUCCAGACGCAGCCCGGCAAAGGCAUUCAGCUAAGAGCACGGGACUUCAGACUGGAGGAAGAUGACAUACUCAAAGUCUUUGAUGGCAGCAGUAAUAAGGCUCGUCUGCUGGGGGUGUUCACAGGCAGCGAGCUGCUAGACACAACCCUGAACUCCACCUCUAGCUCCAUGUGGCUGGAGUUCAUCAGCAAUGCUGAUAACACCAGUAAAGGCUUUGAACUGCACUUCACCAGUUUUGAACUGGUUAAAUGUGAAGAUCCAGGUGUCCCCCAGUUUGGCUACAAGCGAGAGGACAAGGGUCAUUUUGCAGGGAGCACUGUGUCGUAUAGCUGUGAUCCAGGCUACACCCUCAAAGGCCCAGAGGUGCUUACUUGCCUGAGGGGAGAAAGGAGGGCCUGGGACAGCCCUCUUCCACUCUGUGUUGCGGAAUGUGGAGGCUCCAUCAAGGAAGAACCUUCGGGUCGUAUCCUGUCUCCGGGGUAUCCAGCUCCUUAUGAGCACAACCUCCACUGCAUUUGGACCAUUGAAGCCGCCCCAGGAAGCACUAUUAGUCUGCAUUUUCUGGUAUUCCACACGGAAGAGGUCCAUGAUGUCCUCCGGAUCUGGGACGGCCCCCAAGAUGGAGGUGUCCUGCUGAGGGAGCUAAGUGGCUCAGCACUGCCCCCAGAUGCUCACAGCACUUUCAACACAGUCACUCUGCAGUUCACCACAGACUUCUUCACCAGCAAGCAGGGCUUUGCUCUUCAGUUUUCUGUAUCUACUGCAACCUCCUGCAAUGAUCCAGGCAUGCCAACUAAUGGCACCCGCAGCGGGGACAGCAGGGAACCGGGGGACCAUGUGGUGUUCCAGUGUGAUCCAGGCUACAUCCUACAGGGGGCCAACAGGAUCACCUGCACCGAGAUCAACGGCCGCUUCUUCUGGCAGCCAGACCCUCCCACAUGCACAGCGCCAUGUGGAGGGAACCUGACGGGUCCAAGUGGGCUGAUUCUGUCUCCAGACUAUCCUGAGCCUUACCCCCAUGGAAGGGAGUGUGACUGGACUGUUAGUGUCACACAGGAUUAUGUCAUCUCUCUCAGCUUCAACCAGUUCAGCUUGGAGCCCAGCUAUGACUUCUUGCACAUCUAUGAUGGGCCGGACUCCCUCAGCCCUUUGUUGGGUAGUUUCUAUGGCACAGAUGUUCCAGAUCGCAUUGAGAGCAGCUCCAACACGCUCUUCUUGGCUUUCCGCAGCGAUGCAUCCCUCAGCAGCAACGGAUUUGUGCUGCAGUACACAGAGAACCCUAGGGAGUCUUGCUUCGAACCUGGUCUGGUGCACAAUGGGACACGGUUGGGCACCGAUCUCAAGCUGGGCUCCACUGUCACCUACCACUGCGACAGUGGCUACACGCUGGAAGGAGACCCAACACUCACUUGCAUCAUGGGUGGAGAUGGCAAGCCGAGCUGGAACAAACCCAAACCCAUCUGCAUUGCUCCAUGCGGUGGACAGUACUCCGGUUUAGAGGGAGUGGUUUUGUCUCCUGGUUACCCUGGCAACUACAGCAGUUCUCGAACCUGUUUGUACACUGUAGUUGUACCCAAGGAUUAUGUGGUUUUCAGUCAGUUUGCCUUCUUCCAGACAGCACUCAACGACAUUGUGGAGGUUUAUGACGGGGCAACACAACACUCCCGUGUUCUUAGCUCGCUAUCCGGAGCACACACAGGUGAAUCGUUGCCAUUAGCAACCUCCAACCAAAUCCUGAUCCGCUUUACCUCCAAAGGCAAAUCCAGCUCUAGAGGAUUCCAUCUGGUCUACCAGGCUGUGCCGCGAACCAGCGCUACUCAGUGCAGCUCAGUCCCCGAGCCCCGAAAUGGCCGCCGUAUGGGCAACAACUUUGCAGUGGGUGCUGUUGUCCGCUUUGAGUGCAGCCCGGGUUAUGUGCUGGAGGGAUCAAGUGGCAUUGAAUGUUUAACUGUUCCCAGUGCCUUGGCACAGUGGAACAGCUCCAUACCCAGCUGUAUAGUUCCAUGUGGAGGUAAUCUGACCUAUCGCACUGGCACCAUCUUAUCACCAGGCUUCCCUGAGCCUUACCUCAACAGCCUCAACUGUGUGUGGAAAAUCACCGUUCCUGAAGGAUCAGGAAUCCAGAUCCAGGUAAUCAGCUUUGUCACAGAGCAGAACUGGGACUCGCUGGAGGUCUUUGACGGAGGUGACAACACUGACACCAUGCUUGGCAGCUUCUCAGGCACAACAGUCCCGGCUCUUCUCAACAGCACCUCCAAUCAACUCUACCUGCACUUUUUUUCUGACAUUAGUGUGUCUGCAGCUGGAUUCAGGCUGGAAUACAAAACGGUGUCUCUGACCAACUGCCCAGAGCCUGUUGUUCCUAUGAAUGGACUAAAGGUUGGGGAGCGUCUUCAGAUGAACAAUGUGGUGUCUUUUCAUUGCGAACCUGGAUAUACUCUACAGGGAAACUCACACAUUACCUGUAUGCCUGGAACCGUCAGACGGUGGAACUAUCCUCCUCCUCUUUGCAUAGCUCAAUGUGGUGGAAUCCGGGAGGAGAUGGAAGGAAUGAUUCUCAGUCCCGGUUUCCCUGGCAACUACCCUAGCAACAGUGACUGCACCUGGAGAAUCUACCUGCCAGUUGGUUACGGAGCCCACAUACAAUUCCUCAACUUCUCCACCGAGGCCAACCAUGAUUUUCUUGAGAUACGAAAUGGGCCCCUUGAUACUAGCGCAGUGGUUGGUCGAUUUAGCGGCCAGGAUAUUCCCUCAUCCCUUCUCACCACCUCCCAUGAGACAACAGUAUAUUUCCACAGUGACCAUUCACAGAACAAACCAGGUUUCAGGUUUGAGUACCAAGCGUAUGAGCUACAAGAAUGCCCAGAUCCAGAGCCCUUCCGUUACGGAGUGGUAGUGGGGGCUGGCUACAAUGUGGGCCAGUCCAUUUCCUUCGAGUGCCUGCCUGGGUAUCAGCUGAUGGGUCAUUCCAUCCUCACAUGCGAGCACGGCACCACUCGCAACUGGGAUCAUCCAUUCCCCCGCUGCGAAGUGCCUUGUGGUGGUAACAUCACAUCAGACAAUGGCACAAUAUUCUCCCCAGGAUACCCAGAGGAAUACCCAAGCUCAUCUGACUGCUCCUGGCUGAUCACAGUGGCCCCUGGGUUUGGUAUCAAACUGAACUUCACCCUCCUUCAGGUUCACGGGCCACAUGAUUUUAUUACUGUCUGGGAUGGUCCACAAGAGACAGCGAGAAAACUAGGUGUGUUCACUGAUGGAGAGCCCAAUGACCCACCCAGCAGCACAUCCAAUCAGGUGCUGAUACGGUUUCGUAGUAACACCGAGAAGGGCGGGUUGUUUCGUAUCAGCUAUCAAGCUUACAGAUUGCAGUACUGCCUGCCUCCCCCCAUCAUUCCAAAUGCAGAGAUCCUGAUGGCAAGCAAAGAAUUUAAAAUAGGGGACAUAGUGCGCUACAGAUGUCUUCCAGGCUACCAGUUAAGUGGAAACAGCAUCCUGACCUGUCGAUUAGGCACACACCUCGAAUUCGAGGGGCCUCCGCCUUCUUGUGAUGUGAGUUGCCCCAUGAAUGAGGUGCUGACUUCUUCCACCGGCGUCAUUAUGAGCCAGUCACCUGGCAGUGGUUUCCCUCAUUUUGAGUCUUGCUCCUGGGUGGUCAAAGUAGAGCCAGGCUACAACAUAACCUUCACUAUUGAACAUUUCCAGACCAGCCGUCAGUUUGAUGAGCUUGAGGUCUUUGAUGGUCCAUCUAGACAAAGUCCUCUCCUAAUUACCCUCAGUGGUAACUAUUCCAGUCCACUGAGCAUCACCAGCUCUAGUAACAAAGUCUACCUGCACUGGUCCUUUGAUCACACUACCAGCCACAAAGGCUUUCGCAUACGCUACUCAGCGGCCUAUUGCAGCCCUCCAAACAACCCUGUAAAUGGCACAGUGCACAGUCUAACAGGCACUAAGUUAGGCAGCACCUUGCGAUUUAGCUGUGACCAGGGCUUCCGGCUUAUUGGUCAGAGCAGCGCCACAUGCACCCGGAAUAUACAAGGAAUCUACCAGUGGAAUGCACCAGUGCCACUUUGUCAAGUUAUGUCCUGUGGGAUGCCAGUUCCCCCUGUUAAUGGCAGCAUUGUUGGCCAGGACUUCUCUCUGGGAGCCAGGGCCACCUACCAGUGUAAUCCUGGGUUUCGGCUUGCCGGGCCUAUCACAACCUCACUGAUCUGUCAGGAAUCUGGAAGGUGGAGCUCUAUUGAGGCCCCACCCAGAUGUGUUCCCGUUACCUGCCAUGACAUCGGCCACUCUGCAGUGGAACAUGGGAGAUGGAGACUAAUUUAUGGCACUCAGAACCAAUAUGAUGCUAUAAUGAUGCUCAUAUGUGACCCAGGAUAUUACUACAGGGGUCAGAGGAUCAUUCGCUGCCAGACAAACGGCACGUGGAACUAUCCAGACCCUCGUCCUGUCUGUGACAUCAUUUCCUGUGGGGACCUCGGGACUCCUCCAAAUGGUAACAAGAUUGGAACACUGACUGUGUAUGGAGCCACAGCCAUUUUCUCCUGCAACACAGGAUAUACUUUGGUUGGUUCUCGAGUGCGGGAGUGUAUGUCUAAUGGGCUUUGGAGUGGAUCGCAAGUCCAGUGUCUAGCUGGCCACUGUGGCACUCCAGAGCCUAUAGUGAAUGGACAAAUCAUUGGAGAGAAUUAUAACUAUCGAGGCAGCGUUAUGUACCAAUGUAACCCAGGAUUUCGUCUCAUUGGAAUGUCAGUGCGAAUCUGUGACCAGGAUCACCGCUGGUCAGGACGUACUCCUGUCUGUGUUCCCAUCACAUGCGGCCACCCAGGCAACCCUACUUUCGGUGUGACCCAGGGAACCCAGUUCAACCUGAACGAUGUUGUGCGUUUUGUCUGCAAUACGGGAUAUGUUCUGCAGGGGGCUGUUAAGUCGAUGUGCCAGGCCAACGGGCAGUGGAGCAAAGCCCUCCCCAAGUGUAAAAUUGUGAACUGCACAGAGCCAGGCCAUGUAGAGAACAGCAUCAGGCAGGUACUGCCCAGCGGGCCACAUCGCUACAGUUUCCAGACUACUGUGUCGUAUCGCUGUAACCCAGGCUAUUACCUGCUGGGUACCAGCUCUAUCUCCUGCCAAGGGGAUGGCACCUGGGACCGUUCCCUACCCAAAUGCCUGUUGGUUCUCUGUGAUCGACCCAGUGUGCCUCCAUACACACAAGUCUCAGGUGACCGUAGAACGGUGGGCUCAGUCAUUCGCUACAGUUGCAUGGGCCAGCGUACCAUCAUCGGCAACACCACACGAAUGUGCCAGCUGGACGGGCAGUGGAGCAGCUCACCACCACACUGUUCUGGGGAAUCUAGCGGGCUUUGUGGAGAUCCAGGUGUUCCUGUGCACGGUAUCCGUCUGGGAGAAGAGUUUACAGUGGGCAGUGUUGUCCGCUUUAGCUGUGAGCCUGGUUAUGUACUAAAAGGUUCACCAGAGAGAACUUGCCUGGCCAAUGGGACCUGGUUGGGCACACAACCUGAGUGUCAUGUGAUUUCCUGUGGAAAUCCAGGAACUCCACGAAAUUCCCGGAUCCUCAUUCACGACGGCCUGACUUUCUCCAGAUCCAUCACUUACAGCUGCAGGGAGGGCUACUACUCCACCGGAUUGCUCACCAGACACUGCACUGUCAACGGAACCUGGACAGGCAACAUGCCGGAGUGCUCGGUAAUCAACUGUGGUGAUCCCGGAGUGCCAGCCAACGGGGUGAGAUUUGGAAACGACUUCACCUACAACCACACAAUCAGUUUCCAGUGUUCUCCUGGGUUUAACAUGGAUGCUGACAGGGCGUCCUCUCUCAUCUGCACCAAGGAUCGUACCUGGAAUGGCACCAGGCCACUCUGUAAAGCAAUUGUUUGUGGUCCACCACCCACCAUUCCUAAUGGACAAGUUGUUGGUACAGACUUUACCUGGGGCUCGAGUAUAAGCUACUCCUGCAACCAAGGCUACCAGCUGUCCCUUCCCACUGUGUUAACAUGCCAGGGCAACGGUAACUGGAGCGGAGAGAAACCACAGUGCUUCCCUGUGUUCUGUGGAGAUCCAGGUAUUCCAGCUCAGGGGAGAAGGGAGGACCGAGGUUUUACCUAUCUCUCGUCUGUCUCCUUCUCCUGCAACCCUCCUCUCAUCUUGGUUGGCUCGGCCAGGAGAUACUGCCAGUAUGAUGGCACCUGGAGUGGUACACAACCUUCGUGCAUUGAUCCUACCCACACUACUUGUGGAGAUCCUGGCACUCCUCUUUUUGGAAAUCAGAACAACAGCCAAGGCUACCAGAUUAGCAGCACUGUGUUCUUCAGCUGCAGAAAGGGCUACCUACUGCAGGGCUCCAUUUCACGCACCUGUCUGCCCAACCUCACCUGGAGCGGAUUUCAACCUGAGUGCAUUGCCCACCACUGCAGCCAGCCAGAGCUGCCAGCCCAGUCUGAUGUGAGAGCCAUUGAACUGCCGUCCCUUGGCUACACACUGAUCUAUACAUGUCAGCCUGGCUUCUACUUGGCUGGAGGAUCAGAGCACAGGACCUGCAGGUCUGAUGGUAGCUGGUCUGGGAAACCACCACUAUGUGCAGCUGAUAAUCGUCCAAGUGGGAAGAGCCCAGUGGGGACGGUGCAGGAGCCACCCUCCAAAUUGCCAGUCCCUGGUGGUGUGUUUGCUAAGAAUUCCUUGUGGAGGGGGUCCUAUGAGUACCUGGGAAAGAAGCAGCCAGCUAUGUUGAGCAUCACUGCCUUCGAACCCUUUAGCAACAGGGUUAACGGGACACUCAUCGACCACAGUGGAGUUGAACUUAAACUGGCAGGUACUUAUAAGAGGGAGGAAGCCCAGCUGCUGCUGCAGGUCCAUCAGAUCAGAGGUCCUGUGGAGAUCUUUGUCAACAAGUUCAAAAUUGACAACUGGGCCCUGGACGGACAUGUGUCCUACAUCUCUUCAUCCAAUUCCUUUGUGUACCAGGGCUUUGUUAGAGGAAAAGGCUUUGGCCAAUUCGGUCUCCAGAGAUUGGAAAGUUUAGAUCCCAGCAGAGACAACCCAGGCUACAACUUUGCCUCCAACAGCAGUUCAGUGGCAGCAGCCAUUCUAGUGCCUUUCAUAGCCAUGAUUAUCGCAGGCUUUGCUCUGUACCUCUACAAACACAGAAGAAGACCCAAAGUUCCCUUCAAUGGUUACGUGGGCCAUGAGAACACUAAUGGACGUGCUACAUUUGAGAACCCCAUGUAUGACCGCAACAUCCAGCCCACUGAUAUCAUGGCCAAUGAGACGGAGUUCACGGUCAGCACAGUGUGCACAGCUGUAUAGCCACUGCCUCUUCCAGAGUUAGGGAAGGAGAGAUGCAUCACAUCCUCGCCUGCCCGCCAACAGAGGACAUCUGUAGUCUUCGAGCAAGAGGGCAAGAUAAAGAUCUUUUUUUUUGGUGAAAUGCAUUUAAGAAACAUCGCCAGUGGCAAAAGCUUUUACCUUCAGGAGGCAAGAACAGAAACCAUGUGAAGAAAUAAACUUCAUCAAAGGUCAACAAGAAAAGGCUUUUUGUAACUUUACAUGGUUUCUUAAUCGUUUUCCAUAUUCAGAGAAAAAAGCUUCAGCGUGAACCUGCAGCUGGCAGGAGUUCUGCUGGUGGGAAACACCACAUUGACUUUUCUCACCGCCCCGCAACUAACCCCAAAGGGAAUUUAAUGGUCCUCUGUAAGUCCUGAAAUGUACCUGUAGCUAACAGAGAUCUCUGCGCAAGUUGACUGUGUGGUGGACAACCCCAUGUUGGCCUGCAUGAGUCAGAGAGAGACACUCUGGACUGAUUAAUUUCAUCCUCCUCUUUUUUUUUUCUUUUUUUUUUUAAUUGUCUUUAUUUUUUUUUUUUUCUUUCCUGUAUUAUUAUGCUGCUUGCAUCCUGUGACAAGUAAUUGGGAACUGUGCUCCCCUCCCCCCUACCGUCUGCUCUUGAAGCUGCCAAAAGCUUUUAACCGGCAGCCCAGAAUUUGUUCCUGAGGAUGAAUUAAAAAUUCAGCGCAUUUCAAAGGUCACGAUGGCGACACGGCCUCCAUCGCCACAUUCUGAGCUCAGUUCUUUUUGUAGCUUGGAAGAAAUUCUGUUCACCGAGGCGGAGAUGUCCGGAGCAGGGGUUAAAAGGAAGCUGGAGCUGCUGAAAAAAGCACCGAGAUAAAGUGUAGAGCGAGUUCACGUGGACAUGGGAGUGAGACAGAGUGCAUGUGUGUGUGUGUUUCUGUGCUGCACAUCUGUGGCUGCAAUUUGCAAUGCCCCCAAAACGUGUAAUGUCUUUUUUUGGCCCCAGAGAUUCAACCAAACACACAAAGUGUUUCAUUUUACAGUAAGAUCUAUGGACUGGGUUGAGGAGUAUCACUUUAUUUGAAGGUUCUGAAACCAGUAAACUUAAUCGUUUGCUUAGUAAAGAUAGUGAUACAGACCCAUCAUUGUAAUUCAUUAGCCAGAUGUAACAAACCAAAUAUGGAGAAAUGCUUUUGAAAAGAAGACGACAUUGACUUAAAGUGGGGAUGACAACUAUGAUGCAUUUUCAUGGACAUAUAAACUCUUUGGGACCACAUCACAUUUCACCUUUUUUCUUUCAUAUCUGGAAUUCAGAGCAAAGCUGUAGCACCAACAUGGGGCUCGGAAAGACUGCAAAUCUGAAGUAAGAGUCUCCGCUUUGGCUUCUCUGUCAAAUGCUGGAGCCACUUUCAUGUUUCUUCUGACUGAAGUUGGUUCAUAUGAGAUUUCUUUGCUACUUAUUUGCAGUAGUAGUAGCUCUUUCCACUUGGCCUCAGGUAAACAAAGAUCAAAAUGUGGUUAUGUUCCAACUCUCGAAAUGUUCAAAUGAAGGUGCUUGAGUCUGAAGAAUGGAUGAGUCAGUGUUGUGUUCCCUAUGGAUUACAUUCAGGUCUCUUUUUUUUCCCCCCAAGUUAACUUCUAACAGCGCCUUCGUUUUGAAAAUGAAUAGCAUUUUUUUUGUGUCUGCACUUGACAUAAAAACGUUGCAUGGGGCUUCCUUAGGGCUGUGACAGCAGGGGAGUAGCUGCCAUACUGAUUACUCCACCGCAUUAAAUCGGAAAUGAUAAAUGAAAAAUUGUUUAUGCCUCUAAUGCAAACACUCCUCAUAUCCAUGGCAGCUGGGGAGUGAUUACAGAAAGAAAUUGCUUUGAAUCUGCAACACAGGAUGGAGACGUCAUUCGAUACAUCAGCGGGAAUUUACCUUUACUGGUGAAGGAUAUGUGUGAUGAGAUAAGAGGAUUCAAAAUGUUGAUGCUUUUAUGACCUGUCUGAAGUGUGUGUAUGAGAGGGAUGAGUGCCCCCUGCUCCCAGCUAUUUACUGCUUACUAUUCCCAGACCUGUGUAUUCUGACAAAGCCGAACGGGGGUGAAUAGUGCUUGAAAUUUCAACAGAGCAAAAUCAGCCAUCACAUGCAAUUUGCUUUAAUUUAGCUGCGCUUCAUUGUCAAUCUCUGAACUCAUUUUGCCAUCACUAACCAGACCCAGCCUCAAUUUCAGCAUGUAAUGUUUGAGUCUAAAGAUAACAGUGGGAAACAUCCUAACAAACCUUGUGCUUGUUCUUUUUGGUGGUAAAGAUCAACUUGCAUGAGUUUUAGGUGAUGCUUACAUGUAUAUGUUAUGCAACAUAGUUUUCAGUCAGCUUCUACAGCAACAGGUCUUUUAAUGAAGUCUUUAAAAUCACCUACAGUACAUAACUUCUUUAAAAAAAUCUAGGCCCCUGAAACCAGUCGCUACAUUGCUCCUUCAAUCAUUUUCGCUGUGGGUCGGUAAUUGCUUUUACAAUUUUAUUACUUUUAAAGCUGUCGUUUAUCUCGAACGUACCGAUGGAAUAUUGGCCCUCGCCUGUUCUGCUGUUGAAUUGAUGGAAAAGGAAACGAUUGAAUUACCCUGGAGAUUUCACAGGGAGAAGGAGCAGUUACACUCACACAAAAUCCAGAAGACAUGGCAACCAAGUUCCCAUAGUUUUUGUGUAGCUGUUGCACGGUACAUUUAAUUUAUUUUGAUUCUGAAAUAGCUCCCAAAUAUUGCAGCAGAAAUUAUGGCUUCAUUACAUUCCAGUUAGUUUCUGUUAAGGCCACUUUGGAGUGGCUUUCCGCUUAAUUCAUUACUCCCAUGGCAACGUUUAACACAUGUUUGCCAACAUUUUAUUAAAAUGGGUUGAGUACUAAAAAAAAUAAAUGUGAGUAGUGGAUGCAAGAGGUCACUCUGCCCCCCCAAUCUGUAUACAAGGAACUAAUUCUGUGAUGAAAUUUAGCUUUACAUCUGGACGAACAGCAGCUGAAUUUCAAGCAAAGGAUUGUUUUUGAUAAAAAGGGCUCAUUCUAAAGUAACUGAGAAAGGGCCAAACUCUUAUCUUUUUUCAUGUUUUUACCUCCUCCAGUCUCCAAUAAGCACUUUAUGUUCAUUAUAGUGCCUUGUUAUAACCUCAUGAAACCAAGAUAUGGCUUUGCAGCUGUGUCUUGUUAAUGAAUCCCAAACAUUUCUUUAUCAAGGUUUGAGGUCACCCUUUUAUGUCAGAUAUCGGAAAUUGGAGCUUUUUUUUCUUUUUCAUGAGUAACUCAACACGAACACAUACAUAAACACACCUUCAGUGCUGAAGAGACAGGAAGCUGUGACUUUUUUUUUUUUUUUUUUUUGUUAUCUUGCAGGGGAAAUUGUUAGGAUCAUGUCAGACUAACCAUCUAUUUCUGCUUUCCCUAAAUCAACAUUGUAUUCAUUAAACUGCAUUUUUGUUUUUAAAGACACAACUUUAAACUCCAGCACUAUGUGCUUGCCUACAUAUUUGGCAUAGAGUAUUUGUGUUAUAUUUUUACUAAGAGUUUAAAUGCUGCCUUUCCAACCAAAAAAAUUCUGAGAAAGACUAAAAUUUUAAAAUUAAGAUCAGCUGUUCAAUCCAUUCUUCAUGCUGCUUCAUUUUGUUCCACUAGUUAGAGAAGUUUCUAAUUGAUAUUGAGACAUUCUUAUAAAAUUCUCACUGUUAAUUUAGUAAAAAAUCCGUUUUCACUUUGUAGGAGCUAAAUCUAUGGAGAUAUUUUUAUUAAAGUCAUCUGGCUUGGCCCAGAAACUUCCAAAGUACAAGUACAGUAAUAUAAAAAUGAAGAUCAGUGAGUUUUGCUGCACUCUAAGAGUGAGAACUGAGUCUCUGUUGAUAGCAGCUGGCUACUUCCUGGUUCUCUUUGCAUAUUUUAAGGCUAAAAACUCUGCUCAUUCUUGGUUCAUUUUUGUUAUCAGCCCCACACAGCUUUGAGUCUUCUCCCGCUCACCAUCUCUUCUUGUAAUGAAACACACUCCAGCUAUGGUUUAGAGCUCAGUGAGUUUCCUCUCAGUCAGGGGACUAGACCAAAAGCUUCCUACUUCUUUCUACAGCUACAGCUCUCACUUUUCAGCACAGGCCAUGAUGUACAUGUGCUGAAAAACCAUGUAAUCCAUCAGUUAUGCUGUGACACACUCUGCAGCAACUAUCAUUUAUAAUCUCCCAUCUUUCACUGUCACCUCAUAUUGAUGGCUACAACAAAACCACACUCACGCUGUGCAGUUCGCCUUCACUCUUCAGUCUGUUUCAGCCUGGUGGACUACAGCAUGGAGGAAAAAAGGAAAAGUUGACACCUGAAAAGUUUGCAAAGUUAGAUGACUUUAAUUCUAGAAAUGAAAAUUAACUCAAGGAGGAUUUAUUUUUCAAAUCACUCGAGUCAUUUAUUAAAAACAAAACAAAAACUGAAUGUAUUUCCUUCCAUUUCAGGUGUUAUCCGUACUGUUUAAUAUCUAAUCCCACUUUGUCCCCGCUGUUUUAUGUAGUAAUGGUUUAUAUGUUGCGAGAGUGAGCUUUCCCUUAAAUAAAGACAGAAUUUAUCCAGAGUAUAAAAUACCAAACUUACAGAGAGAUAUCCUAAUAUUCCUGUUUGUCAUGGUAACAAGAUGAUGAGAAGGUUUCAUAUUUUAGUCUUUGUUUUCAAGCCAGUCCAGUAGAUCUCUCAUCUAGCCUCUACGCAGUACUAAAACUCAACCGAUAACUCACACUUGGGAUCAAGUAAACAGCGAAAGGCAAAGAUUACUCAUCUUGCUGCACACCAAAAGGGUAAGCUGUAAAAAAAAAAAAAAAAAAGUGGACAAACUUGAGCAGACUGUGUACUGACAAAGCAACCGCAGAGGGAAAGUGUCUCUAAUUAAAGAGAAUAUGUUAUGAAUAAAAACCUUUUUUUGUACAGAGAUAUAUUUUUAUGAAGAUACAUUUGUAAUAUAAAAAGAGAAAAAUGGAUUGACAUAUAUGUAAAUGUUUUUUCUUUUUCAUUAUUGUAGUACAAAUGCUAGUGGGGAGUAUAUGAAAAAUCUAUAUAUAAAAAUCUAUAUAUAAAAAUAUAAAUAUAUAUACAAAGAAAAAUAGAAACAAGGCUUUUUAUAUGUGUAAAAAAGAUUGUACAUAAAAGUUUACAUACAUACUGUACAUAUGUAAGACCCACCAUGGCUUGUCUGCAAUAUAUAAAAUGUAUUUUAUCCGUCUGUAUAUGAUGCUUUGCAUUGUGUCUAAGCUUAUUCUACUUUCUUGAACUUGAAACUUAUUUUGAGGUUUUUGGAAUAAAACAUAAAACCUG